AAGCGACUGCUAUUGGGUGUGCGCGUCCAGCAUCGCGGUCUUCAUUAUGAUGGCCGUAACAGAGUGUCGAAUUUUUGGAUUCCCACCGGGGGUAUUUCCAAGAAGACAGCCAAGGGUGAAACAGAGGACGCGAACGACCUAUUAAUAAGAGCAGGCUUCCUGCGGCAGGCCUACUCGGGAGUUUUUCAUCUCCUUCCACUCGGAUUGCGAGUGCAGGAGAAACUAGAGCGCCUCAUUGACAAGCAUAUGCGCUCACUGGGCGCAUCGAAGGUCUCUCUAUCAUCAAUAUCGUCGCAGGAGCUUUGGGAACAGUCUGGCCGACUGACAGAGGGCUCAGAGCUAUUCCGAUUCAAAGAUCGAAAAGAUGCUCGAUUACUCCUGGCUCCAACGCAUGAAGAGGAAAUCACCACUCUUGUAGGGAGCCUCACAACUUCCUACAAGAAUCUCCCAUUACGAGUAUAUCAAAUAAGCCGCAAGUACAGAGAUGAGCCACGGCCAAGGCAGGGUCUUCUACGCGGCCGAGAGUUCGUCAUGAAGGACCUGUACACCUUUGACUACAGCACCGGGGAAGCACUCAAGACUUACCAAUCUGUCAAACAUGCUUAUACGCAGUUGUUUGACGAAUUAAAGAUUCCCUACCUGGUUGCGGCGGCUGAUUCAGGGAACAUGGGUGGUAGCCUCAGCCAUGAAUUCCACUUCAUCAGUCCCAAGGGCGAGGACCAAGUCGUCAGCUGCUCGCACUGUGGCCAUGUGUAUAACGAGGAGCUUGCAGAUGGAAAGACGCACACCUUCGAAGACUCGUCCGAAUCCCAUGCCGUAUCUGGUUUUCAGAUAGAGGACGUGCAAACUGAAGGGGGCCCCACUAUCUCGAAUGGUAUGUGGAUGGCUAUCUCCCAUGAUGGCAACACUCUUGUCCGGGGCUGGCACCCCAAAUACUCGAUGCAGGAUGGCUCCGCUGAGCCCGUGAAGCGGCAAAUCAACUCACAUGCUGUCAAGGCCAUCACCACCGCAGCCGGGAUCGACCUUGAUCUGAGCGUGGAAAGCCCACUCGAGAAGUGGGCGGCGCACGUUCGAUCCCGCAACUCCUCCACUCACCGGCCGCGCGUCUUGGACCUGUACGACUCGCAAGUCCGAGUAUACCAGCGUCCACCGCUGAGCGAUCUCCUCCAAGAAGUCGGCUGCACCGCCGCAGACCUCGAAUACUCGAUGCUGGACCGGUUCCCGGGCACCCCGAACAAACUCAGUCUGGUUCGGGUCCAUGACGGGGACCAAUGCUCACAAUGUGCGCAUGGAUCAUUGACGAGCCACUCGGCCGUCGAACUCGGGCAUACAUUUCACCUGGGAACGCGCUACAGCAAGGCGCUGAAUGCUUCUGUGACAGUCAACCCUGCCGUUCUCGAGGGAUCUUCAUCUGGCAAGGAACAGAUCGUGCCGAUGCAGAUGGGUUGCCAUGGCAUUGGGGUUUCCCGUAUGAUUUCGGCCGUGGCGAACCGCCUGGUUGAUUCCAAGGGUCUUAACUGGCCUCGUGCGAUGGCGCCGUACGACGUCGUGGUUGUUCCGGGCAAGGGCCUGGAGUCAGUGGCUGACCAGGUGUACGAUCGCCUCACCUCCCGCACCUCCACAUCGGUGGAUGCCAUCCUGGAUGACCGGGACAAGGGUAUGGGCUGGAAGCUGGGAGAUGCCGACCUGAUUGGAUACCCGGUGAUUGUUGUUGUCGGCAAUGGGUGGAAGAAACAGCAGACACUGGAGGUACAGUGUCGUCGGCUGGAUUCGAAGCAGGAUGUGUCCUUGCAUGAGCUGCCCGCAGUUGUUGAGUCUCUACUGGCGCAGCUGUGA